AUGGGGCUGAGGCACAGCCGGGGCACAGACAGGGAGGAUGAAACAUCCCUGCGGCUUUCCAGGGAAAUGAUGGACACUGCCGAGGUGUGCUUGUCCUGUUCGGCAGGGCCUGUUUCAAAAUCCGUCGAAGCCAGAGACAAGACUUCCAUUAAUUUCAAUGGCUUUGGAGCAGAUUCCCAGAGGACAGCCUGUGGCACCCCCAGCUCUGGCAUUUUUAGCACAACCUGUUCCACGCUCUGUUGCUGCUGCUGUGGGAAGCAGCAAAGGAGGAACGCUGAUGACGUGACAGGGAUGACAUCUCAAGUUUUUGAAGAAGGCAGCAAAAGGAGUGGUGGUGUGGUAAGCAGGACGAGUGCCACACAGGGCACUGAGCUGGGAAUGUGGUUGGGGAUUGCAGUUCUGGUUUCUCUUGCUGGAUGUUUGGCUGGGGAGGAAGCAACUGAUGAUGAAGGAAUCCCCUGCUCAAAGUACCAGCAAGCUUUCAACCGUUCCUGCUACGAGUUUGUGAGACUCCAGCAAAGCUUCACAAGUGCCCAGAGCUGGUGUGAGAGAGGAGGAGGGCACCUUGUCUUUAUUCAAAAUGAGGAAACUCAAGAGUUUUUACAAAAACAUGUUGCUGAGGAUCAGGAGUGGUGGAUAGGACUCAUUUCAAACUCCUUGCAGAAUGAAACUACUGACGGGUCAAUGAUUUGGCUGGACUCUUCAAAUAUAAGCUACACUAACUGGUACAAGGAUCAGCCAUCUUCCUUCUCAUCCACAUGUGGGUACAUCCUGAAGAAUGCCAAGUAUCAGUGGGGUGUGACUGAAAAUUGCAGCCAGGAAUUUGACUUCAUUUGUGAGUUUGAAUCUGGCCAGAGCAUUGCAUGUGAUAAUUACAAUGCCACUGUGCAGUGUGGAUCUGGAGAAGUUAUUCAAAUUGGAGAGAGCUUCUAUGGACGGAAGACUCCUCAUUACUGUGUGUCUGAGACUCCACUCCAGGAGGAUACAGAUGAAGGCUGCAGCUGGAUCAGUGUCAAAGAUGAAGUAGCAGGCCAGUGUCACGGUCUCCAGGCCUGCCAGGUGACAGCAGAUGGCACUUUCUUUGGAGAUCCUUGUCCAGCUUGGGGAAGCUAUUUGUCUAUUCAAUACCACUGCAAGGAAGGUCUGCAGCUGGUUGUGACAGAUUCAUGUUUUGUCUUUGAAAAUAUCACGGUCAGCCUGAACUGGCUGCUCUCACCAUACUCUGGCAACCUGUCCUGUACCAUCAGCACUGGAGAUGGUCACACUAUCGAUCCUUACCACCCUCCAACGCUGGUCAGCAACAUCACACACAGAUACUCCUCUCCUGGAGAGUUCACUGUUUUUGUGGAAUGCACCACCAGUGAAUGGCACGUGAUGGCACAGAGGCAGGUGACUGUCCAAGAUAAGAUGGAUCAACUGAGCAUUACUGGGUGCUACAGCCAGUAUGAAACUGGGAACAGCUCUCACUGCCGAGCACUGUAUGGGGAGGUGUUGUGGAUUCAGGUGGAACUCAAUGGAGGCAACGGAGUGACCUACAUUAUGUCAGCAGAUAACAUAACCCUGGCUGAAUCCAGUGCAAAGGAAGGAAUUGCCCCUCAUAACCUGACACUGGACAGUGCCUCUCAAGAGCUGCUAGGCCCAGGGAUACAUCAGCUGGAAAUCCGAGCAUCCAGCAACACGAUGGCGUCAGAGAUCUCUGAGACUUUUGCUGUUCACUUAGUUGAGCCAAUAUCUGGGCUUCAGGCUGCAUUGGCUUCCCACACUCUGCAGCUGGGGGAGAAUUUGGAGGUGAAUGUCUCUGUGUCUCGUGGUGCCCCAGCUGAGGUGACGUUUGAGGUGACGGGAUCGAAGGGAAGUCACUCUCACACGGAGGAUGGUCCUCGUGGGGAACCUCGGACAUACGUGGUUCCCGUGCACUCGGAAGGUAUUUUCCUAGUGAAAGUGGUGGCCAAGAAUGCCUUCUCAAACAUGAGUCUGGAUCUUGGAUUCAUCACUGUGUUGGCAAACACUUCCCAUAAAAAAGAUUCUGCUAAGGAAGAAGGCAGCUACAAAACAAAUGUCCAAAAGGCAAAUGAUCACAAAAGAGAACCCAGAAUCUAUGUUAAACCAAGUCACCACGUGGAUCCUUUCACAGCUGUUACACUUGGCUGGCCAGACAACAACAGUAACUCCAGUUUUCUCUGGUCCUGUGGAGCUUGCUGGCCUGCAUGGAAUGAAUGUGUGCUGCAACAGAUAAUCCUAACCAACCAAUCUGAGGUGCAAAUCCCACCUUCCUGCCUUCCUCCUCCAAAAUCGGCAGUGACUGUCAGGAUUAAAGUCCAAAACCAUGGCAGUGAAGAGAGGCAGGACGAGCAGUGUCUCUAUGUGACUGCAAAACAAGAACUGCAACUGGAAAUCAGGUGUGAGGCAAACUGCAAACCAGUGAAUAUUAGCAAUGAAGUUGUUUUGAGUGUCUCUGGACAGACGGACUCCCAGGCCUUACAUUAUAACUGGUAUUUGGAUAACACAUCCCAAACCAAGUCUACAACCCUCCCUCUGGCCUGUGGCCUGACUGGUUUCCGGCAGAACUCUUUGAAUUUGCUUCAAAGUAACACAUCCGUGUUGAGAAUGAACAGCUCCUUCUUGCAGACACAGGGAGAAGCUUUUCAGAUUAAAGUAACAGCAGUGACUCAGCGCCGCUACGGGGAGGGGAUGUACCUUGUCAGCACCGUGUCCCCACCCGGCAUCCCCUCCUGUGCCGUGUCUCCCGAGCAGGGAUCCGUGCUCACCACCUUCAGGGUCUCCUGCAGCGCUCCCGGCUCGGUGGGUUCAUCCCAACCCAGUCCCAACAGGCAGCUCACGUACUGCUUCUACCUGAAACCAAAUUCUCUCCUGGACUGCAGCCCGGAUCCUGAACUCUUCCCAGUCUAUCUUCCACUUGGAGAAGAGGAAAAUAAUUUUAUUGUACAUGUGACAAUCACUGUUAGCAACAGCUUUGGUGAUACAGUUCAAACAAAUGCUUCAGUGAAGGUUGGACCUGCCGAUGGGAUGGAUGGGAACCUGACCCUGCAGGGCAUGGUCUCUGAGAAGGCAAACACCAUCCUAAAAGAUGGGAACAGCAGCAUGAGCCUUUUCCAGCUGUACAAAUCAGUGACAUCUGUCCUCAACCAGCAGACCCAAGAGGAAAGCUUUAACAUGUCUUUGCAGACAAAUACACGAAAAGAGCUCCGAGGGCUGAUGCUGACAACUCUCUCUGCUGUUAAUGUGACAUCAAUGCAGGCUGCUCUUAAGAUGUCAGAGGUGUUGAAAGAAAUCACUUACAGGAGUGAAGAGCUGUCUGUCUCGGCACAGGUGGAAGCCAGCAACACUCUGAAAGAUGUCAGUGCUUCCUUGCUCACUGUAAACCCAGAGGACAGCAGAGAUGAUCAGAACCUAAAGGAAGCAGCCAACCAUCUAUUUAAUGCAGUCAGCAGCGUCCUUAAAGCUUCUGCAGAAAUCAGAGCUGCAAACUCUUCAGUGCCAGAGGCAGAACAGGUAAUUUUGGUUUGGCCCAUUUGGUUCUAUCCCCUCCUUUUGCCCCUUAACUCAAGGAAGCCACAGAUUUCGGUGUCACACCAGCUCCUGAGUACAGUGGAAAAUCUCCAGAGUGCCCUCCUGUUUGGGAAAGCUCCAGAUGAUGAACCUACAGUGCUCACCACUCCUUCUGCCACAAUGUACACGCACAGAUUACAAACAGAAAACAUGGAUGGCACAUCCAUUAACAUCUCCAAUUCCAGCUCUGCCAGCUUUACUCUCCCACCUGCUUCCUCUCUCAGUGUUUCAGGACUUGAUGAUGAAACAGUGGAUAUAAGGAUGGUGAGCUUUGCAGUGAACCCCUUUUUCUCCAGUGACACCAGUUUUGACAUCAGUGGAACAGUGGGGGGUCUAAGUCUUACUGGUCUGGAUGGCUUGAUCAUACCAGUCAGCAACCUCAAAGAGAACAUUGAAAUCAUGUUACCAAGGCUUUCAUCAACUCAGGAAGAUAAGAUUCUGUUGAAUCUGGGCAAUUAUAGCACUUUCCAAGUCAAUGUUACCUCAGAAAACACAUCUAUAGUGAUCCACUUGGAAUCUGAACACGACAUUCCACUAAUACUCCACUUGGGGUACGGUUAUCGCCCAAAUGAGACUAAUUAUGAUAUGAAAAAACAUCUAUUCUCUAAGAAAGCUGCUGGAGGUGAGACAAACACCUGGGUUCUCAGCCCGGAAGAACUCAUUUUUGGAGAAGGAACCUACUAUUUCAUGGUUUUGCAAGAUAUGGGAAUGGAUUCCAAAGUCUAUGCUGGGCUAACCAUAGGUGUCACUUGCUUUGCAUCCCGCUGUGUAUUUUGGGAUGAGCGCCAGGGGAGCUGGAACAGCUAUGGAUGUCAUGUAGGACCAAAAACAAACCCUAGAAGCACACAGUGCCUGUGCAAUCAUCUGACUUUCUUUGGGAGCUCCUUCCUUGUCAUCCCCAAUGCCAUAGAUGUCAGCAAAACUGCACAGCUAUUUGCUACAUUUGUGGACAAUCCUGUGGUGGUGACAACUGUAGGAUGCAUCUUUCUGAUAUAUGUGCUCGUAGUUAUUUGGGCUCGAAGGAAAGACAUUCAGGAUGAUGCCAAAGUGAAAAUCACAGUCCUGGAAGACAAUGACCCCUUUGCUCAGUAUCGGUACCUGGUGACAGUUUUCACAGGACACCGCCGUGGCGCAGCCACAACCUCCAAGGUGACUCUCACCCUCUAUGGAAUGGAAGGAGAGAGUGAGCCCCACCAUCUAACUGAUCCUGAUACACCUGUGUUUGAACGUGGAGGAGUGGAUGUUUUCCUUCUCUGUACCUUCUUCCCUCUUGGGGAACUGCAGAGUAUUAGAUUGUGGCAUGAUAACUCAGGGGACAGCCCAUCCUGGUAUGUGAAUCGAGUGUUAGUCCAUGAUCUGGCAUGGGAUCAGAAAUGGUACUUCCUCUGUAACUCCUGGCUAGCCAUUGAUAUUGGAGAAUGUGUCCUAGAUAAAGUGUUCCCAGUAGCUACAGAACAGGACAUGAAGCAGUUCAGCAAUCUGUUUUUCAUGAAGACCUCCAGGGAUUUCCAGGAUGGGCACAUCUGGUACUCGGUUUUCAGCCGCUCCCCACGAAGCUCCUUCACGCGCGCCCAGCGCGUGUCGUGUUGCUUCUCCCUGCUCCUGUGCACCAUGCUGACCAGCAUCAUGUUCUGGGGCGUGCCCAAGGAUCCAGCCGAGCAGAAAAUGGAUCUGGGUAAGAUCGAGUUCACAUGGCAGGAAGUGAUGAUUGGCUUUGAGAGCUCCCUCCUCAUGUUCCCCAUCAACCUGCUCAUUGUGCAGAUCUUCAGGAACACACGACCCCGGCCAGCCAAGGAGGGGAGACAGAGGAAGCCGGGGAAGAAUGGCCGAGUGUCCCCAAGCGUACCCCUCACCCCAGAGGUCACCCAGGCUGCCUCGCUCACUCCAGAGGCUGUGACAAAGGACAUAAGAAGAAUUGCCAACUCACUCUUGAAAGUCCUGAAGACUCCAGCUCUCACCUCAGCAUCAGAUCUUGGAAAAGCAACAAACAUCAACACCCUUCUGUCAUUGGUUGAGGACAUCAUCUGCCAGCAGAACAGAGCUGGGCAAGGGUUUUAUGACAGGAGCAAGAAGGAUGGCCCUAUAAUUGUCACUUUAGGUUCUAUGGAUAUGCAAGAAAAAACAAGAAGCCCAAGUUCAGAGAAGAGAAUUUGUGAGCGACCGAAAUACAGUGAUUACAAUCGCUGCUUGUACACACAACUCCAGCAUGUGGAGAUGGAGCUGGAAUUACUGGGGCCCCAUAAAUUCCAGCUGCCUCAGAGUUACACACAAGCUGUUCAUCAGGUUCAGCACAUGAAGAACCUCCUGGAGCCCCGAAUGUGCUCGUCAGCAUCCACCAGUGAGGGGUGGUCCCUUACUCCAAACUUCUCCGGUGAUGACAAGAAGAGUGUUUCUUCCAAAGGACUGCCCUGGUGGUUUGUGUUCAUCGGGUGGUUCCUGGUGGCAGCCACCAGUGGCGUGUCUGGGUUCUUUACCAUGCUCUACGGGCUGCACUACGGCAAGGAGAACUCCAUCAAGUGGCUGAUCUCCAUGGUCAUCUCCUUCUUGGAAAGUCUUUUCAUCACACAGCCCUUAAAGGUGCUGGGAUUUGCUGCUUUUUUUGCUCUGGUUCUGAAGAAGGUGGAACAUGAGGAUGUAGAAAACCCAGCUAUUGAUGGGCCUUUAUCUGCACCAGGUGAUUCACACCCUCUCUUUGCAGCCCGAAGGGACAGUAGAAGCAACAUUUACCGGCCACCUCCUGCAGCUGAUGUGGAGAAAAUGAAAAUCAGCUGCAUGAAGGAGCAGAAAGCAUUUGCCCUCAUCCGAGAAAUCCUGGCCUAUAUUGGGUUUUUAUGGAUGCUGUUACUGGUUGCCUAUGGGCAGAGAGAUCCCAAUUCCUACUAUUUGAACAAACACAUUGAGGACAGCUUUACAGCUGGAUUCCACGAUGUCUACAGUUACCAGGAUUUCUUCACGUGGGCAAACACCACCUUACUCAAAAACCUUUACGGAUCAUAUAAAGGAUUCAUUACAGAUGGCAAUUCCAAGCUGGUGGGGAGUGCUCGAAUUCGCCAAGUAAGAGUGAAAGGAGACACCUGCCCUCUUUCUCCCAGACUCCAGCAUGUAGUGGAGGAAUGCCAUGCUCCAUACUCCCUACAGACAGAAGAUACAGCAGUUUAUGGGGAACACUGGAAUACUUCAGUCUUUGAUAACUCCUCUGACCUGAGCUCAGCGUGGCAGUAUCAGAGUCAGUCCAAACUGAGAGGGCAGCCCAGCUGGGGCAAACUGGCCACCUACAGUGGAGGGGGAUACGUGAUUCACCUGGGAACGGAUCCUGGGAAUGCCUCCAGAAUUCUCCAAUACCUUUUCAACAAUGUCUGGCUGGACACCUUCACCAGAGCAGUGUUUGUUGAAUUUACAGUCUACAAUGCCAAUGUGAACCUGUUCUGCAUUAUAAGCCUGAUGUUUGAGAGCAAUGCUUUGGGGGCCUUCUUCACAAGUGCAGAGCUGCAGAGUGUCCGGCUUUACCCCUACACCAACAGCCUCCACAUCUUUGUGGUUGCAGCAGAAGGGAUUUAUUUCCUCUUUAUUGUGUACUACAUGAUAGUACAGGGGAGACUGAUGAAGAGUCUGAGAUGGAGAUAUUUCCACAGCAAGUGGAAUCUCCUGGAGAUGGCCAUUAUAUUGAUUAGCUGGAGUGCUCUGUCAGUGUUUGUGAAGAGGACAAUCCUUGGGACCCGAGACAUCAGUUACUACCAGGAACACAAAGAGAACUCUGUGAGCUUCAGCGAGACAGCGAGAGCUGAUGCAGUUCUUGGCUACCUGAUCGCGUUCCUGGUGCUCCUCUCCACAGUGAAACUGUGGCAUCUCCUCAGGCUCAACCCUAAACUAAACAUGAUCACCUCAACACUGAGGAGGGCAUGGGGUGACAUCUCUGGAUUCAUCACUGUGAUUGCAAUCAUGUUCCUUGCCUAUUCCAUUGCUGCAAACCUGAUAUUUGGCUGGAAGCUCUACUCUUACAAAACUCUCUUUGAUUCAGCAGAGACCAUGGUCAGUCUUCAACUGGGAAUCUUCAACUAUGAAGAGGUCUUGGACUACAAUCCAAUUUUAGGCUCCUUCUUAAUUGGAUCCUGCAUCAUUUUUAUGACAUUUGUGGUACUGAAUCUGUUCAUUUCGGUGAUUCUGGUUGCUUUUAGUGAGGAGCAGAAGCACUACCAGGCUUCAGAAGAAGAGGAGAUUGUUGAUCUAAUGCUAAUGAAACUCUUCAGUUUCUUCGGGAUUAAAUGCAAGAAGGAAGAGAAGCCAGUCACUGACCGGCAGCUGGAGCAGCCUGUCAGCGAGUGAACGACGACCACAUUGAAAAGUCACUUCGCUUGUGGGCAAAAUAUUUACUCGUUCGCUAUCAGCUGCAGUGGUUAGGGUUAGGUUAGGUUUUAGGCUUAGGUUAUCGCAGCUUCUCACUAGAAUGGGCUUACCCAAGGGAAUGGCGUGAAGCUGUGUCAGGGGAGGUUUAGGUUGGACACGAGGAAAAGGUUAAAGAGGGUGGUCGGGCACUGAACAGGCUCCCAGGACAGUGGUCGUGGUCCCAAGCCUGAGAGAGUUCAAGGAGCCUUUGGACAAUGCUCUCAGGCACAUAGUGGGAUUCUUGGGGGUGUCCUGUGCAGGGCCAGGAGCUGGACUUUGAUCAUCCGUGUGGGGCCCUCCCAACUCAGAAUAUUUCGUGGUUCUGGGAGAAUGACGCGGUGUCCACCAGCGAGCCGUUCUCAGCGUGUUAUUUUGGAGUAACAGCUAAGAAGUAACGCUAAACCUAAGGCGAAACGUCCCACGUGCGCUUGCUGUAGAU